AUUCAUUUGUUAAGUCCAUAUUUGAUAUUAGUCAAGUGAUUGGAGGGUAGUAGGUAUGUUGUAAAGUAUAAUAUGUAGGCAAUUCAUAUGACAUAUACGAGGCAUAAUAUUAUAUUUUGAAGAGUGAGGAUUGUUUCAAUACUGUUUCGUAAUAAAAAAAAAAUAAACAUAAGAAACAAGUUUUAUUAGCACAUUUAGUUUCCUAUAAGUUACAAACCUAAUUCUCUUUACUAGUUACUACAUAAUAGCCGUUCAUUUCUAAGCAUUUUUCGCACCACUCGACCAGCUUUUUUAAUCCUGCGGUCUGCAUAAAAGCUCUCUAAUCGCGAGAGUUUAACCAGUUCUCAACGGCUCAUUUAAGUUCCUCGUAGUUUUCAAAACGUUAACGCCGAGUCAUUGUUUGAAAUUCAAGAAGAGUAAGUGGUCGCUUGUUGCUAGGUUAGGAGUUAGGACUGUGCGGUGGGUGGUCUAAAACAUAAACCUGUAAACUAAAGUUUUACUAGUUUAUAGGUCUAUGGUCUAAAAGUUCGUAACGAAAAUCUUGAAUUUUUUCCUUGGAGGAUUUUGGAACGAAAAGGGUGUCUUACUGUUCUUUUGGUUAAUUUUAAGGUAUGUGGGACACAAAUUAUAGAUGAUCUUUCCACAGAAUAAAUUAAUAAUUUUAAUUUAAUCUAUUCUGCAACUUAACUACUGCAAAACGCUCAACAAUUCAAAAUGUAAAAAUUCAAAAUCGACGACGAGGGAAACUGACAACUGUUAUCCGGCGUGAUCCACGAUUUCAUUUAUUCUGUGAUAGUACUAUCUAUAAUGCCUGCAUUUCGCGCCAAAACAAAUAACGCCAACGAACAUUGCAGCUGUACAAUGUACAUUGUACAUAGAUAGUAUACAAAUUUGAUAUUAUCUAUUGGUUUGUAUCAUGAAUUUGCACGGUACUGCCGGUACUGGUACUUACAACUACUUUAAUUUAUAUCCUCAUAAUAUGUAGCCUUAUAGAUAGACGGUCGCCUUAUUUAUUGCUAUAGUUUGUACUCUGCAGUGUUGACUUUUAACUGUAAUUCUAUAUUUUUUAUUAAUAUUAAAUUAUAUCGUCUAAUUCCACAAAGGUUAAAGGAUCGACAAAAUAAAAAUUUUUUAUAACUAAUAUCAUUGUGCUUGAUUUUUGUACAUAUUUGGCUACACGCCAUUGAAUUAAUUGGUUUAUUUGUAUAAUAUUAUAUUAUUAUCAUAAAAAUGGCAUCAAAUGAAACAAAUGAUGGAAAAAGAAGAAGUCUCAACUACGAAGACUUAGAUGUGUAUGGUAAACUAGAAGUUAAACUUAAAGCACGUAAUAAAAUAACACGUUCCGAUAAAAUGCAUUUGCCCUGUGCACAUGAUGAAGACACAGACCUAUCUGAUAUUUUGGAUAAUAUUCCUUCAGUAAGACCCAAUAAACAUUUGCAGGAUAAUGCUCAAUCUGUUAGUUCAUUAAUGGAUAAUAUUCGCAAAGUGAAACGUACUUCAGAAUUGGAAAUUGACUUUACUAUCGAUGAAGGAAGAAAUGAACAUGAUGAAGUGAGUCAAACCAUUGCACGACUUCGACAGCAGUCUGAAAAACUUUUUAAAAGAAUUAUACAUACCCAAGUUGCUUUUAAUGAGUGUUUAAGUUCAACGGACAAUUUAGAAAACAAAGAGCAUUUAAAAAACCAUAUUAAGUUAAUAGAAAAAACUUGUAAUUUCGAUAGAGGUGUAGAAUCAGUAAUUCGUUGCAACAAAGAUACAUUAGAAAAACAUAUUGAUAAAGACUUGAAAAUUGAUAAUGUCGAGGAAUUUAAAAAUGCAUAUAAUGAGUUGGCCCAAGGGAUAUUAUCAACAAUUUAUAACGCUGGUGUUAAAACAUCUAAAAAUCAUGAACAUUUAUUAGCUAUUAAACAAUUUAAUAUACCUGCUGAAGCUGAAGACGGAUUAGUUGCAAAAGAAUUGAUUAUAGGGAAGUUAGAUCCUUAUACCAGACAACCAAUCAUCAAACCAGUACGCAACAAAAUUUGCACUCAUAUAUAUGAUCAAGAAUCGGUCAAUCAAAUGUUCCAGAGCAAACUGUUUGUAUCAUGUCCAUAUAUUGGAUGUACAAACAAACGUUUUACAAAAGCUGAUCUUUUAUUUGAUCUGAACCUUUCCAUGGAAAGUGAUUAAUGAAUUUGUU